CCGAGGAGGAGGAGAACGAAGGAGGGAGGGACGAGGACCGAGGGGCGGCGGGAGGAGGGCGGGGAGGAGCGCUCUUCCUGGUUGGGCCCUGCCCUGAGCUGCCACUGGGGAAGCCAGCCGCCGGGACCGCAGCGAACCCCCCCAACACCCCUCCCCCAGGAUGGCUGAGGAGAUCAUCACCCCAGUGUACUGCACAGGGGUGUCUGCACAAGUGCAGAAGCAGCGGGCCAAGGAGCUGGGCCUGGGCCGCCAUGAGAACGCCAUCAAGUACCUGGGCCAGGACUAUGAGCAGCUGCGGAUGCACUGCCUGCAGAGUGGGGCCCUCUUCCGGGACGAAGCCUUCCCCCCAGUGCCCCAGAGCCUGGGCUUCAAGGACCUGGGCCCCAACUCUUCCAAGACUUAUGGCAUCAAGUGGAAGCGCCCCACGGAGCUGCUGUCAAACCCCCAGUUCAUCGUGGAUGGAGCCACCCGCACAGACAUCUGCCAGGGAGCGCUGGGGGACUGUUGGCUCCUGGCUGCCAUCGCCUCCCUGACCCUCAAUGACACCCUCCUGCACCGAGUGGUUCCACAUGGCCAGAGCUUCCAGAAUGGGUAUGCUGGCAUCUUCCACUUCCAGCUGUGGCAGUUUGGGGAGUGGGUAGAUGUGGUCGUGGAUGACCUUCUGCCCACCAAGGAUGGGAAGCUGGUGUUCGUGCACUCUGCCCAAGGCAAUGAGUUCUGGAGCGCCUUGCUGGAGAAGGCCUAUGCCAAGGUGAAUGGCAGCUACGAGGCCCUGUCAGGGGGCAGCACCUCAGAGGGCUUUGAGGACUUCACGGGUGGGGUCACUGAGUGGUAUGAGCUGCGCAAGGCACCCAGCGACCUCUACAACAUCAUCCUCAAGGCGCUGGAGCGAGGCUCCCUACUGGGCUGCUCCAUUGAUAUCUCCAGUGUUCUGGACAUGGAGGCCGUCACAUUCAAGAAGCUGGUGAAGGGCCACGCCUACUCUGUGACUGGGGCCAAGCAGGUGAACUACCGAGGCCAGAUGGUGAACCUGAUCCGGAUGCGAAACCCCUGGGGCGAGGUGGAGUGGACGGGAGCCUGGAGUGAUGGUUCCUCGGAGUGGAACAACGUGGACCCUUAUGAACGGGAGCAGCUCCGGAUCAAGAUGGAGGAUGGGGAGUUCUGGAUGUCCUUCCGAGAUUUCAUGCGUGAGUUCACUCGCCUGGAGAUCUGCAACCUCACCCCUGAUGCACUCAAGAGCCGGACCAUCCGCAAUUGGAACACCACGCUCUACGAGGGCACUUGGCGGCGGGGGAGCACCGCAGGGGGCUGCCGCAACUACCCAGCCACCUUCUGGGUGAACCCCCAAUUCAAGAUCCGGCUAGACGAGGUGGAUGAUGCAGAUGACUACGGGGAUCGCGAGUCGGGCUGCAGCUUCGUGCUCGCUCUCAUGCAGAAGCACCGCCGCCGCGAGCGCCGCUUCGGCCGGGACAUGGAGACCAUCGGCUUCGCGGUCUACGAGGUCCCUCCAGAGCUGGUGGGCCAGCCGGCCGUGCACUUGAAGCGUGACUUCUUCCUGGCCAACGCAUCUCGGGCGCGCUCAGAGCAGUUCAUCAACCUGCGAGAGGUCAGCACCCGCUUCCGCCUGCCGCCUGGGGAGUACGUGGUGGUACCCUCCACCUUCGAGCCCAACAAGGAGGGCGACUUUGUGCUGCGUUUCUUCUCGGAGAAGAGCGCGGGGACCCAGGAACUGGAUGACCAGGUCCAGGCCAAUCUCCCAGACGAGAAAGUGCUCUCAGAAGAAGAGAUUGACGAGAACUUCAAGGCCCUCUUCAGGCAACUGGCAGGGGAGGACAUGGAGAUCAGUGUCAGGGAGCUGCAGACCAUCCUCAACAGGAUCAUUAGCAAACACAAAGACCUGCGGACCAAGGGCUUCAGCCUGGAGUCGUGCCGCAGCAUGGUGAACCUCAUGGACCGUGAUGGCAAUGGGAAGCUGGGCCUGGUGGAAUUCAACAUCCUGUGGAACCGCAUCCGGAACUAUCUGGCUAUCUUCCGGAAGUUUGACCUGGACAAGUCGGGUAGCAUGAGUGCCUAUGAGAUGCGGAUGGCCAUCGAGUCUGCAGGCUUCAAGCUCAACAAGAAGCUAUACGAGCUCAUCAUCACCCGCUACUCAGAGCCCGACCUGGCGGUCGACUUCGACAACUUCGUGUGCUGCCUGGUGCGGCUGGAGACCAUGUUCCGGUUUUUCAAAACUCUGGACACAGAUCUGGAUGGAGUCGUGACCUUUGACUUGUUUAAGUGGUUACAGCUGACCAUGUUUGCAUGAGGUGGGGGCUCAGGCCCCCGCUGUGCCCCUCUCCUCUACUAUCUGCCAUGCCACGCCAUGCCACACCUUCCUGCCACGCCGCAUCAGGUCAUCUCAGCUGCAAGUGCCUUCCUAGGAGCAGGGAGGUGGCCUCGUCCUCCUGUCCUUUCUUCCCAGCUGCCACCUCGUCUGCUAUGGACAGAGCUGCCUGACCCUCCCUGCCCAUGCCAACCGAAUGCUCUGGAUGGGCUCCUCUGGCUCUCUCAUUGCCAAACCAGGAAGGUGGCUUUUGCUUAUUCCUGCCUCAGGGAGGGUGGGGUCCAGGGGGACCUGAAAGCCCCAGGCCUCCCCAGCAUCCUGAUGUGUCCCCUCCCCUCACUCCAGAGGCCACCCACCCAGCCCUACCCACCCGGCCUCACCUGCAGACUGUAUAACCACUAACUCCGCACUGUCAGCUGUCUGCGUGUGUGGAGCCUAGUCCUGGCUGGUCGAGCUCCCCGGGGCUGGGAACCCCUGUGCCUUCUUGCACAGAAGCCAAAGCCCCUCUCUGCGCCAAAGCCUGCCCCUCCCCAGUUCCGCUCAGCCCGGAGAAUAGUCAGGCCUUCCCUCCUCCCUCAUUUUUUAUAUUGGUGAUUUUAAAGGGGACUCUUCAGGGACGGCUGUUAUGAGGGUGCCAGAGGCGCCCGGGAGUGGGGUGGGGAAGUCCCUUGUUUCCAUGCAGAAGAACCCCAAAUAAUAAAAGAAAAGACCACAUC